AGCGAAACAAAAAGUCGCGCGGUUUGUUGAUCGUGCGCGUGUGGUUCCCACUUUCCCAGAAAGUACGAUUGUUUUCUUGCGAAGACGAGUUUCUAGUGAAUCCGUGUGUCCUUCUUUGUACAAUGUCCAAAAACAAGGAAAAAUUUCCCAGCUCUCCCAACACACUGCACAAUUACUUUGCCAGGUCGCCCGCAAGCACGAAGAAACCGGCGGCAAAUCCAUCAACCCCGACGAGUGCGCUUGCUGCCGGUGGUGCUACUGCUGCUGACCGGUCAUCGUCGAACAAUCAAACCAAUGGCACUCCGAAAAGCUCGAAAGUCGCAGUUAAAAAGGAAAGCGAAUCGAUUGGCAAGGAAAAACGACCAGUUCCUGUGAAACCGGGUGUGAAAGAUGGGGAGGAAGAAGAAAUUGGAACGAAAAAGAAGCGUCGUCGUAUCCUGAUGCUGGACGACACGUCCGACACCGAGGAAGGCGACGCCGGUGGUCGCAACAAUGAGAACAAACCGAAUAACAAUAACAAUCUGGAGAACCAUGAUGAUGAACAAACUGGGACGAAGCGGUUCGCAUCGCUAUCGUCGUUUGAGCGGCCAAACGAACCAACCGAAUCGAGCGAUGAGCGAAAGGGUGAGCGAUCGUCCAAGCAAGAGUCGGAUGAUGGUCCGGUGCAGAAAAAGAUAAAAUUAGAAAAAAUAAGCGAACCGGCCGAUGAACCGGGUCCGGUGCUGGACGAACCGACCGUUUGGACGCACCAGAAGCUGGACUUUUUGAAGCCGAACAAAAUCAAAGAUAUUCACGGUAAUCGGCCCGGCAGUGAGAAGUACGACAGCCGAACACUGUACGUGCCGGAUUCUUACCUCAACACGCUGACACCGGCCAUGCGACAGUGGUGGAUGCUGAAGAGCAAAAACUUCGACUGUGUCCUGUUCUUCAAGGUUGGCAAGUUCUACGAACUGUACCACAUGGAUGCGGAGGUCGGCGUAACGGAGCUGGGUUUCAGCUUCAUGCGGGGUGAGUUCGCUCAUUCCGGGUUUCCCGAAGCGGCGUACGACCGUAUGUCGACCACCCUGGUCGAAAAGGGCUUCAAGGUGGCACGGGUCGAGCAGACCGAAACGCCCGACAUGAUGCAGGAACGGUGUAAGGUCGAGCGAACGAACAGCAAGUACGAUAAGGUGGUUCGUCGCGAGAUUUGUCAGAUCACCGUGAUGGGCACGGAGGUUUUCGGGCAGCAGGUAAGCAUCACCGCAAACCACCAGCCCCGGUACAUGCUGGCGCUUACGGAAAGUUUCCGCCAAGGAGCGGGCAGUCGGUAUGGCGUUUGUUUCAUCGACACCUCGAUCGGAUUGUUCCAUCUCGGCGAGUUUGAUGAUGACAAUCAGCAGUCGCGGCUGCUCACGUUCCUAUCGCACUAUCCACCGGUGCUGGUGCUGCACGAGCGUGCCGGAGCUGGCAAUCUGUCGGAGGGAACGCAGCGCGUCUUGCGCACCUUGCUUGCGAACGUAAAGCGUGAGGCCCUCACUACCGGAAGCCAGUUUUGGUCGGGCGAAACAACGCUCAAGUAUCUGGCGGAAUCGAUCUACGGAGAAGGCUCGGCAAAGGAGGGCUCCAAGUGGCCGCCGGCACUGCGCACCAUGCUGGACGAUGCUGACAGUUUGGGCUUAACACCGAAAGAGUCUUACCGGCUUGCUUUGAAAGCGCUCGGUGGGUGCGUUUGGUAUUUGCAGCGAUGUCUGCUAGAUCAGCAGGUGCUUUCGUUAGCCACCUUUGAAGAGUACGUUCCGUUCGAUGAGGAUAAAGCAACCUCGAACGAGUCGCUCGAGAAGCGGCUCGGAGCGGCCAGCGCAAAGCGUUUCAUGGUGCUGGAUUCUAUUACGCUGAACAAUCUGAAGAUUGUUGGAUCGGAAGGAUCGCUGGUGGACCGAAUGGAUCACUGUUGCACCAAGUUCGGCAAACGGUUGCUGCACAACUGGAUCUGUGCACCGAGUUGCGUGAAGGAGGAAAUCCUACAGCGCCAGGAAGCCGUCGGCGAGCUGAUCGAGAAUGUCGAUCUGCUGCAGAACGUUCGUCAGAUUCUUGGACAACUGCCCGACAUGGAACGACAUUUGGCCCAGAUCCAUGGGUUUGGACUCGCGCUCGCCAAUCACCCGGCCAAACGGGCCAUCCUCUACGAAGAGCACGUGUAUGGGAAGAAGAAAAUGCGUGAUUUCAUCGCCACGCUGAAAGGAUUUGAAUCGCUGCUCGCACUGCCCAAGCUGUUUUCGGGCACCUCCUCCAAACUGCUCGUACGGCUAACGCAGAAGGCGGAUUCCUCCCCUUCGGGCAUCUUCCCAUCGAUGGAGCGGCAGAUACAAUUCUUCGAAAGCUCGUUCGAUCACGAAAAUGCGCUCAAGAGCGGCAGUAUCGUGCCGGAGAAUGGGCUCGACGCGGAAUACGACGCCAUCGAGCAGGAAAUACAGGAUUUAAACCGCGAGCUGGACGAUUAUCUCGUGCAGCAGGUUAAAUUCUUCGGCUGCACCGUCAAGUACUUCGGGAACGACAAGAAACGGUUCCAGCUGGAGGUGCCGGAAGCACGGGCGAAGAAAGCCAACAGCGACUACACGCUGGAAGGCACCAAAGCCGGCAAGAAUGGGACGAAACGCUUCCACACUGAGGAAACGCGCCAUUUCCUCAAGCAGAUGAUGCAGCUGGAAGAACGUAGAAAAUCGGUCCUGAAGGAUUUGGCGCGCCGAAUCUUUGAACGAUUUUCGCGCAAUUACGAGAUGUGGAAGGGAUGCAUCGAUCUGGUGGCCAUGCUCGAUGUGCUAACCUCGCUCGCGGAAUAUGCCCGCUCGGAAGGGCUCGCGUGUGUGCCGGAGCUGCUCGAUCGGGCAGAUGCGGCGAACGGGUCCGGCACAUCGUUCAUCGAAAUCGCGGAAGGCAUUCAUCCGUGUCUCGCGAGCGAUGCGGCCGAAAGUUUCAUCCCGAACGGCGUAGCGAUCGGUGGUGGAGCAGGCAAAGCCAAUCUGGUUCUGCUGACCGGCCCUAACAUGGGCGGUAAGAGUACGCUGAUGCGGCAGGUCGGUUUGCUGGCCGUGAUGGCACAGAUCGGCUCGAGAAUACCGGCCGAAAGCUGCCGGAUGACGCUUAUCGAUCGUAUCUUUACGCGACUCGGCGCCAGCGAUGACAUUAUGGCCGGCCACAGUACAUUCCUGGUGGAGCUGAACGAAACGUCCGCCAUCCUGAAGCACGCGACCGCCGACAGUCUGGUGCUGUUGGAUGAGCUGGGCCGGGGAACGGCAACAUACGAUGGGACGGCAGUGGCCGGUUCCGUCGUACACUACCUGGCAGAUUUAAAGUGUCGCACCAUGUUCUCGACGCACUACCACAAUCUGGUGGACAGCUUCCACGAUGAUCCGCGAAUCGCGCUCGGGCACAUGGCUUGUAUGGUGGAAAAUGAAGACGGGGAUGAUCCAACGCAGGAGACGGUCACCUUUCUGUAUCGCUAUACGGACGGUGCAUGCCCGAAGUCGUACGGCUUUAAUGCAGCCAAGCUGGCGGGAAUGCCCACGGCCAUCAUCAAACGAGCGUACGAGCUCUCUAAAACCGUCGAAGCGGAAGCACUUAAGCGUAAGAUACUGAUGAAGCUGCUUAAAAAUGCGCCCCAAAACGAGAUCAAAGAACUCGUCGUAAAGUUUAAAUCCUGCCAAUUUUAAUCCCUCCGGCUUCUCACCACACGCUACCGAUGGAGAUUGUUUUCCUACCAGAUCUGCACCCUGUAUUCGCAUUCAGUUAGUUAUAGUUUUUGAUUUACGUGCCAUAAGUACAAAUUUGUCGUUUAAAUUCACCACAAAAACCAAAACACGUUCUCAAUUAAAAUAAGCCAA